CCGCGCGGCCCGUCCUGGCGCAGGCGCGGUGGCUCGGGCGGCCCAGACUCGCGGCCCCGCUGCAGCGAGCAGCCCUCGCCUGCGCCGUCAGUCGGCCGGGGCUUCCCCGGGCCGAACCGGAGUGAUGCCUCGCUACUGCGCAGCGAUUUGCUGUAAGAACCGCCGAGGUCGGAACAAUAAAGACCGAAAGCUGAGUUUUUACCCGUUUCCUCUACAUGACAAAGAAAGACUUGAAAAAUGGUUAAAGAAUAUGAAGCGAGAUUCAUGGGUUCCCAGUAAAUACCAGUUCUUGUGUAGUGACCAUUUCACUCCUGACUCUCUUGACGUCAGAUGGGGUAUCCGAUAUUUGAAACAAACUGCGAUUCCAACAAUAUUUUCUUUGCCUGAAGAUGAUCAGGAAAAAAACCCUUCCAAAAAAAAAUGGCAGAAGAAAAAAUUAGACGAUGAGAAAGAAAUGUGCCUAAAAGCCAAGUCAGAAGAAUCAUUUGCAUCAAAUGAGCCAAAGAAAAAUACAGUUAACACAGAUGUCCUCCCUGAGCAUGCAGAAGUACUUGGUUCAUCUGCCUCGGUGAUGCCACCAGCUCCAAAAACAGGAAGUGUACACAGUAACGUAUUAACUCUUAAUCUAGUUAAACAAAAUACUGGACAACCAGCAUCUACCUUAGAAACAUCAAUUAACCAAGACAUAAGUAUAGGUGGUUUUCACACAACUUUUGAGAAUCUAAAUUCUACCACUAUUACUUUGACAACUUCAAAUUCAGAAGGUGUCCAGCAGUCUUUGGAAACCCAAGAAGUGCUUGAAAUAACUACCAGUCAUCUUGCUAAUCCGAACAUUACAAAUACUUCCAUGGAAAUUAAGUCAGCACAGGAAAGUCCAUUCUUAUUCAGCACCAUUUCUCAAACAGUUGAAGAAUUAAACGCAAAUAAAGAAUCAGUUAUUGCCAUUUUUGUACCCGCAGAAAAUUUCAAACCUACAGUUAAUUCUUUUAUGCCUCCCCAAAAAGAAACUGUGGAAAUGGAGGGUAUUGACACUGAAGACUCUUUGUAUAAGGAUGUGGACUAUGAGACAGAGGUUUUGCAAAUUGAACAUUCGUACUGUAGAAAAGAUAUAAAUAAGGAACAUCUUUGGCAGAAAGUCUCUAAACUCCACUCAAAGAUAACGCUUCUUGAGCUGCAAGAGCAGCAAACUCUAGGAAGAUUGAAGUCUUUAGAAGCUCUCAUAAGGCAGCUAAAACAGGAGAACUGGCUAUCUGAAGAGAAUGUCAAGGUUAUAGAAAACCAUUUCACAACAUACGAAGUCACUCUGAUUUAAAGAGGUCUUAAAGCUGUGACUUUUAUAUAAGCAUUUUGCAGCCAAAUGUAAUUAUACAUAAAGUGAACUUUUUCCUGUAUAAAGUUCUUGUCUUAAGCCAAGGAAGUUCUCUAACAUUUAUAGACUGCAUCCUGUUCCUGUAAUGCUCAUUUUUGGGAAAAACUAGAAUGUUGUUGGGCUUAGAGGAAAAGUUUCUUUACUCGAUAAUUUUCCAAAUUAAAGUUAAAACAUAGUAAAUAAAUAACCUGAUUAAGUCAUAAAAUGAGAGAACACAGAUAAUGGUAAGAGCCCGGAGUGCAAAUCAGACUCAGGAACAGGCCUAGUUCCACCGCUGGCCUGUGCCUUGGGCAAGUUAUUUACCAAGAUUGAGCCUCAGUCUCUCAUCUGUAAAAUAAGGACGUGUUCUAGAUCUCUAAUGUCUGUUUCCUUAUUCCUUCCCUUUCUAGUCAGAUAAUUUUAACAGAACAACUCAUAGGAUAAUCGAUGCUUGAAUAAUACUAGAUGUUGGCUAGAAAUUGGUAUUUUUGACUAUCGGAUUAUCCUCAGUAUUGAAUUCGGUGUUGUUGAACAACAAUAUAUUUUGGCUGUAGUUAUGCCUAAUGACAAGAAAAUACUGCUAUUAUAAUUUUAUUCCAGUUGAACUAAAUAAGGAAUCACGUAUUAGCCCAGUUCUUAGAAGAGGUACUUUAAACUUAAAAGAAUAUGUAUUUCAGUAUCUCAUGUGCGGACAACCAUCAUGAUACAUAGUCAUUUAAACUUCUUAACAUCCUGUAUUUAAGAUUAGAAACCAGAAAUUUGAUGAGGUUAAUUUUUUAAAUAUAUAUUAUAUUUUAGAAAUCAUAGUUUAUUAUGUGUAGCUUUUUAAAAUGUGUACUUGUCAUUUUUAAAUUCCAGAAUGAUAGAGUAAUAAUACUAUACAUUCCCACUUAACAUUUUAUUAAAAUUUAUAAGCAGGAAAUUAGAGAUAUGUGGUGACGACCUUAGGGAGAUAAGUAGGAAAGAGACGUGAUGGUGAUGUAAGUAUAAAAUGCUGCUUAUGUCCGUACAAAUUUAAGAAAAUACACAAGCAAAAACUUAGUGGUAACAACAGAAAUAUAAAUGUGGUGAUUCCUAAAAAUUGGCAGUUAAUAUAAUUAAAUGUUACGGUUUAUGGUGUGGAGCAAGUUCCUAUCAGUCCGAUUCUGGAAAGUAACAAACAUGUUUUUGGGCCUGGAAAAUAGGAGGUUAAUAAAUAUUAGUUGCCCGAACAGCAAAUAGUAUACUAAUUGUUUCGUAAAGGCAUGGCGAUGAUUUAGGGGCAUAAUUUACUUUUUAUUACAUUUUUUCAAGCUAAUAAAAUUAAUUGGCAUAUGAAUAUAUAUCAGCUAAUUACAAAAAAGUUGAUUAAAAGUGUCUGUUGGGUGAUCAUGGGGAAAAAACAACAUUUUGAUACAUUAGGUGUAUAUAAUUAGAGUUAACAUGUUGGAUAUGCUGUUGUUGUGUUUGCUAAUACUUCUUUAAGAUAUACAAUAUAGGUGACGAUGGCCUUUAUAAGUCAUUAUGAAAUGUUACAAUUCAGUUUUUAACUUUAUACCUUGUUAUUUUCUGUUUGUCUAAAGUUAUUUAACUGGCUUUAUUUAAACUUAAUAAUAAAUUAUAAACGUUUAAGGUUUUUUCCUGGCUUGUCUGUAUUGCUUAGGAUGUUCUCAACCUGUUAACCUCUAAAUAUACUUGGGGGUUUCAGCCAGCGUUAUUUUUUACGUGGAUUAUUAUAGGAGCCUCUUGGCUGAUCUUGUCUGUAUUUCGGUCCUUUUUGUAUCCUCCAGGACUCUGCUGUCCGCUUUUACCUAAACUGUAGAUCUAGCUGUGUCACACACCCAGCAUGUAACUUUCCUAGCUCGGAAGCUAUGGACUCUCUGAUACUUACAGAAUAAAGCCAGACUUGUUGCUACUAUAUA